CAACUCUGGAAACUUCUGCUACUUAAACGCUGUGUUGCAGUGUGUUUGUUCCACGGUGCCCCUUGUGGAGCACCUCCUACAUCAGGACACUCGCAAAGAGCUGGCGCGGGCCAAGUGCCAAGUGGCCCAGGUGUUUGUACGCCUCCUGGAACAGAUGUGGCUGGGGAGGAGUUCCAGCUGUGCCCCAGUGGAGGCCAGGACAGUGCUGUGCUCCAUCCUGCCCCAAUUCAACAACCACUCUCAGCAGGAUGCCCAAGAACUCCUGCUCCUCCUCUCCAGCACGCUCCAUGACGACUUGAAGAAGGUCGGGAGGUGCAAGAUCCGCUUCUCCAAGCACCAGCUGAGGCGAGACCAACACAGAAACUGUGCUUCUACACUGGGGGAGUCCACCAUUGUGACCAAGUUGUUUGAAGGCCAGUUGAGCUACAUGACGGUGUGCAUGCAGUGUGACCACCAAGCCCACAGCAUGCAGACCUUCACCGUGCUCUCCUUACCCAUUCCCACAAACACCAGCAAGUGUUCCAUUCAGGACUGCUUGUCUCUGUUCUUUGAGCAAACUCUCCUGACGGGGGCAGACAAGAUGCUCUGUUCAGCCUGUGAGCUGAGGAGAGAAACUGCAGUCCUCACUUGUUUGGACAAACCCCCUGAAAUCCUCAUACUGCACCUGAAACGGUUUGGUUGCAAAGGAAAGAACCAAGUGAAACUCAGGACUAAUGUUGUCUUCUCCAUGAAACUUGAUCUCAGCUUAUUUCUGUCCAGCUCGGAACAGAACACCUCAUAUUCCUCCUAUCGUCUCUAUGCGGUUGUGAACCAUGCAGGUCAACUGAACAUGGGUCACUACACAGCUCUGUGCCACAACACCCUGACCCAAACGUGGCACUGUUUUGAUGACUCGGAGGUCCGAGAGAUCCCAGACAGCCACGUGCAAUCGGCAGACGCCUACAUCCUGCUUUAUAGCCGCAAGCCAUUCCGAAAACCAAAGAUUGUUGGACUUUAAAAGGUUGUACUGAUAUACACAGAGAAGAGUUGUUUUCUGACUUUGCAUCUCUCUAAUGGCGACAUUAGAGACUUACAACCACAAAUUCAAAUCUGUUUUAAUAAAUAGUCAUAAGUUGUUUGAGGUUAAUAUAUUUGUUAUACUUGAAAGCAUUGAGAAAUCAACAUUUACAGGAAAAUAAGAGUUUUGAGUCUCAUGCUAGGCGAGAAAAGUGUUCCAAGUAGCAAGUGAAAUCCCUGCACCUCCCCUCUCUGGUCCAUUUCACCCAACCUUGUGCUUGCGUUUAGUUGAUUUAGUGUUGACCUAAGAAAUCAUGUCAAUUCUAAUCUAUCAGGUCGUCUCAUAUGUGACAGAAGAUAGAAUUAAACCAACCGGAUACAUGUUAAUUUCACAGACUACAAAUUUGAUCUUCGAGAAUCAA